CCUAAAAUGGGCUUAUGAUGAUUCUCACAUAAACAUAUGAUAGGAAGAGAAUGAACGCUCUCUUUUAGAGAGCAUGAUCUCAAUUUCGAAUCUGAAGCUCCCUUAUUUUUUUGGUUUCUAUUGUUGCGCGACGGUCUCCGAUUCUUCGGCAAUAUCAUAUAUAAUCUUGUGUCCCAUAACAAGAUCGCAUAUCACGGAUCUUGCGCAUGUCUUAGGGGCUACCCUUUUCUUUGAGAUACCUCACAUCUUUAUGUUAUUAUAUGGCAAUUUUUCAACGAGCUGGGCUGUCUGUUUGGAAGUGUUCCUGCCUUGGUGUCUUUCGAAUCUUGCUUGGCAACUCUUCUCUCCAAGCCAAAUUAAGCACUUCGGCGGGUAUAUGCGAAGCUUGCUGGUCCGGCCAGAAUUCGUGGCAAAGUCUCGUGGCCUGAAAUGAUGUUUUAUUAUGACCCUAUGACUUCCCAAAGGUUGAUGUUUUGUUUUAACAUUGAUAGCAAAAAGUCUGUCAAAUUGGAGGUAUCAUGGGCGCAGAGGUACAUUGGCCUUGACCCAUAAAGUAAAAGUAAAUGCGCAAACUUCGCGCUCUUGACUUUAUCCAAAAGUCUGUCCCCAGUGCAUCAUGGACAAUGGGUCUGCAUGAUAAUAAUGUAUUGUGUUCAAAUGUUUCAUGCUAAAGCUCAAAGAUCCAGCGUUUGGCUAUCCAUAGAUGUCACUGGUGGGGCUUCGUCCACUGGCUAUUAGCAUUCAGGGGUCUCUCAUCAUGGUACCCCAGCUGAGAAACGUCAUUUGUAGAGCGUCCAGUCCAAGCCAGCGCCUCUUACAUUCGUCUAACGCCCAAAGCUCAAAACUUCAUCCAAACAUUGGCUGAACCCUACAGAGCCCAACUACGCCCGCCCGAAAGUCUCUUGUCUUUAACAUUUAUCUUAAGUGCUUCCAAUCGAUCAUGGGUCAAAAGAAAUAUUGAAAUCAUUUCGCAAUCGCAAGCGCAAUCCUAUCGUGGACACGUUGAACCUUGUAUCCUCUAUCCAUUCCAUGUUAUCCUACUGAGCAAUACACGAUGGAAUAUUCCUCAGGAGCCUAUUCUUCCCAGGCUCCCUCUCCCGAAAAGUCAUGCGAGCUCUACAUACGCGACUAUCCUCAUCGAUCCAUUGCCAUUGUUUCAGCUUCACACACUCUGAUUCUUCGAUAUACUACCUCCACCAGUGAAGCCAUCGCGAACGGCUCGCUUACAUCCUUAGCUGCGUCUACGAGGAGCCGCGGAAACCCCGGCGAAGCCUUGGUAUCGAAAUGCAUGGUCGAGUUCGCACCUGUGUCGAGGCAUUUACUGCAGGACUAUCGCCGUCUGACACAUCGACCGAUAUACGGGACACUAGGCUUGAUCACAGUUAACAGCGAGGUCUUCCUAUCUGUCAUUACGCAUGCAACACGUGCUGCCACCUUGCGGCCUGGCGAGACUGUUGAACGUAUAAAUGGAGUAGCGUUCUACUGCCUGAGCAGCGCGGACUACGACGAUGUUGUUCCUCUAGAAUCACUUGAUCCGGAGUUUUCGGAUUCUGCAUCGGUGCAGUCUGCUCCCUAUGGACAAGGCCUUGGUCGAAGAGAAGUUGCCAUGGAGCACCCAUGUCAUGAGCUUCGCAACCUACUAAGCAACGGAACAUUUUACUACAGUACAGAUUUCGAUCUCACAAACCGGCUUCAAGACAGACCAAUCAAUUCCAACUCGUUCGAAAUCGACAAUUUCGACGAUGGGUUUCUCUGGAACUCGUUCAUGAUCAGUCCUCUUGUCCAGUUUCGUUCUCGUCUCAUGCCUCAUGAGCGAGCUGCACUUGAUUCGUCACGAAUACUGACAUCAGCAAUUCGUGGUUUCUGUAAGACCAUGACAAUUCCGCUAAGCUCUUCGCCCCUGAAGAAUGUCAAGUCAGGAAUGCCUUCUUUUAUGACUCUCAUAUCUCGCCUAUCCUGUCGCAGAGCUGGAACUCGUUUCAACUCACGAGGUAUUGACGAUGAUGGGCAUGUGGCAAACUUUGUUGAAACUGAAACCACUUUCUGGAGCCCGGCGGGAACCAUGUUCUCCUAUGCUCAAGUGCGCGGAUCAGUACCUGUGUUUUGGGAGCAAGCAGCCGACCUUAUUCCAGGUCGGCAGAAGAUCACAGUCACCAGAUCUCCCGACGGGACACAGCCGGCCUUCAACAAACAUUUUGAGGAGCUCGAGCAAUCGUACGGAGCUGUCCAUGUCAUCAAUCUUCUUAGUGAGACAAAGCCUGGCGAGGUUGAGCUCAGUACACUCUACCACAAUGGUAUCAAACACUGUCCAUUAAGUCGUGCUGGACCAGACGGGUCUUCGGACCAUGCUCUCUUGCGAGAAACCAAUUACGAUUUCCACGCAGAAACAAAAGGGCCAGCGGGAUAUGAAGCUGCCCGAGAUAUCCGCCGCUAUAUUGAGGACUCUACCGACGGUUUUGCAUACUUUCUUGCGGAGGAGACAAGCGAACCGAGAUACGAUCAUGAUGGCUCUGGACAAGCUCGUAUGGUGGUUGUACUUCAGCAGGAGGGUGUCUUCCGAACCAAUUGUCUGGACUGUCUUGAUCGAACUAAUCUUGUGCAGACCAUGAUCUCACAGAUGGCAGUUGAGGCCUUUCUUGGACAUCGGGGUGAAUUUGCUGCCUCUGACUUCUGGAUGAGACAUUCCAGUCUCUGGGCAGACAACGGCGACUCUUUAUCCAAGACCUAUGCUGGGACAGGCGCACUCAAGUCAUCUUUUACACGUCAUGGAAAGAUGUCUCUUGCAGGGGCUGUGGCUGACGUGCGAAAGUCUGUCCAACGUAUCUAUCACAACAACUUCCUCGACCCUUCUCGUCAAAUCACUAUUGACAUGCUUUUGGGUCGCCUCGUUGGGCAAGCACCGGUCCUUCUGUUCGAUCCCAUCAGCGAUUUCGUUUCAACAGAACUGUCCAAGAGGAGUAGCGAGUUCACGUCAUACAAUAGCAUCACCAUAUGGGUUGGCACGUUCAACCUUAAUGGCCGUACCGAAGGCGUCAAUGAUGAUCUUGGCCCUUGGUUAUUCCCAGAGACCUUGGGAGAUGCCCAGCCGGACAUUUAUGUCGUCGGUUUUCAAGAAAUCGUAGAGCUCAGUCCGCAGCAGAUCAUGAACAGCGACCCAUCACGGAAGAACCUAUGGGAGCAAGCCGUGAAGCGCAAUCUUAACGAUCGACAAAAGCGAUUGGGAGGCGAGAGGUAUGUGUUGCUACGGAGCGGGCAGCUGGUUGGGGCAGCCCUCUGCAUUUUUGUAAAGACACCCAGUCUGGCCAACAUUAAGAACGUGGAGGGUAGCUUGAAAAAGACUGGCAUGUCUGGCAUGGCUGGAAACAAGGGUGCUGUGGCGAUCCGAUUCGACUAUGCCAACACUCAUAUAUGUUUUGUCACGGCACAUCUGGCUGCUGGCUUUUCAAACUACGAUGAACGCAACCGCGAUUAUGCAACAAUCCAUCACGGUUUACGCUUCCAGCGGAACCGGGGAAUCGAUGAUCAUGACGCCGUCAUCUGGUUGGGCGACUUCAACUAUCGCAUUGGCCUCAACUUGGAAACUGCGCGUGCAUUAGUGAAGAAGCGUGACUUUGAGACGCUAUACGAGAAUGAUCAGCUCAAUCUGCAGAUGGUAGCUGGAUUAUCGUUCCCCUUUUAUUCUGAAGCUCGCAUCACGUUCCCUCCGACGUACAAGUUUGACAUAGGUACCGAUGACUAUGAUACCUCUGAGAAAGCUCGCAUUCCUGCGUGGACGGAUCGUAUCCUCAGGAAGGGUUCCAACCUCAGGCAGAUCUUGUAUAACUCGGCACCUCUCAAAUUCUCAGAUCACCGACCUGUCCACGCUGCUUUCGAAUGCAGGGUGAGCAUCGUGGAUGAACAGCUGCGAGAAAAGAUCAGUAAGGAGUUGUAUCAACGUCGAAAAGCCGAGGUCGGAGACGCAACAGCUCAUCUUGGCACUGGCGAGGACAGCGAUGAUGAAGAUCUCAUUGGCUAUGAUUCUAUCGAGCCCGGGCUUCCUCCCGCAAGUUCGGAUCGCCAGAAGUGGUGGCUCGACAACAAGCAGCCCGCUCGCGCCGCGGUACCUGUGCCCAAACCCAGAAACGGGCAAGCCGUAGGGCUCAAUCCCAAUCGUCCUUCAAAUCCUUUUGGCCUUACGGAAGAGCCGGACUGGAUCUCUAUUCCAAGAUCGUCGUCAAAGGCAUCUUUGUCUAGCAUGUCAAGUUCACCAUUUGAAAAAGUUAACUUGCCUAACGUCAUGGCAUCGGGGUCGAGUAUUCAACCUCGAAAGCUGCCACCCCCAUAUGACCCAUCAGCAUUGCCAGCCAAGGUCGGGCGCAUGAAUCUUCUAGACGACCAUGCUCCUAUGGGCCAUGUCGAGACGCCACCUCCGCCACCACCUCCGCGACGAGGAACAUCAGGAGUAGCGGCAAUGGGACAGACACCACCGAGCAACGGGUUUGGUCUUAAUAGGGUGCAGACUCAACCGCUGCCUCCACCUCUUCGACCUACAUCCGCAGCUUCUCAUGCUUCCCAGUUCUCGCAGAACAGCAAGGCCGGGAAACCUGCGCCGCCAGUAGCAAAGAAGCCUGCACAUCUGACCACGACAUCGCCAAGCUCAAGCCCAGCACUGAGCCAGAGUGCCAUGGAAGAUGACUUUCGGCCACCGCUGCCAACGAGGGCUAACACCGGAGGUCUCACGGGAACCCCUCACUCACAGGACAUCGGAGCCGCCGCACGGAAGCCCGUAGCACCUCCGAAGCCUGGCAUGAACGGAACUGGCGUAAAACCGUCUAGCUCGAUCGGAGCGGUAGGACUGCCCGGGAUGACGGGCGGAGUGCCAUCCCGCCGGGCAGCGCCACCAGUGCAGCCCAAGCCGCAGUUGCCGCAACAGAACCAAAACCAGCAUCAACGACAAGGGUCUACGGAUCUAUUGGGAUCUCUGGGUGAAGGUCAAGAGGUAGGAGGAUGGGAAACGUUGAAGCCGAGCACAAGAGCAUAGGAAAAGUGAGUUGGUUUGCCGCUAUAGGUUAGUUUAGUACUUGGAUGCGAGGCGUUUGGAAGCGUAUCGAUGGGCUUGAAUCACUUGGGGAGGUGUGUCUUGGGACUUGGCUUGGGUUAUGACUAUGGUUAUGCCUUUAGCAUAAGAGUAAGAAGUACAAACACGGCUUGGUUAUCAUCUCAGAGAUUCGCCGGCUGAUGGUGUUUAUGUUUCACAACAUGUGAGCCAACAACUGAAUCAUGUGUCACCCAAUUCGUCUAACCACGAGUCGGUCAAGAAAAGCCCCUAGAUCGGAGUAGUGGCGUGUUUCGGCGGUGAUUUUUAUAGAUCGCUAUCGCCAAGACGCACCUAAUUUAAUUGUGCCUCUCGUCGGGUGAUGCAUUACUGUGGCGGCCACUUGAAUCAAAGCUGUGAGGUGUGAG